AUGGGAAUACUCAAAGCAGUGGCUGUCAUCUCCUCCCCCUCCGGCAACAUCAACGUUAAGGGCUCUCUCCAAUUCAUCCAAGACACCUCCACUGGGGUGACCCAUGUGAAAGGAACAAUACUUGGGCUUACUCCGGGUCUUCAUGGAUUUCAUAUUCAUGCCCUUGGUGACACCACCAAUGGCUGCAAUUCCACUGGACCUCAUUUUAACCCACUAAAUAUGGAUCAUGGGGCACCGUCUGAUCAAACUCGUCAUGCUGGUGAUUUGGGGAACAUCAUUGCUGGUUCAGAUGGAGUUGCCGAGCUAUCAAUCAAAGACAAACAGAUUCCACUAAGUGGGCCACACUCUAUUUUGGGUAGGGCUGUUGUUGUUCAUGCUGAACCAGAUGAUCUUGGAAGAGGUGGGCAUGAACUUAGCAAAACAACUGGGAAUGCCGGCGCAAGGGUUGGUUGUGGGAUUAUCGGGCUGCAGUCGUCAGUAUAG